CUCCAAAUUAAUUAAAGCAGCUGUUGCAAUAUUUUGGAGCGAGCUGCAUGCACGUUCCUUUCUGAAAAAAUCCUUUUUUUUUUUUUAUUUUAUAACUUACUCCCGGUAUUCAAAGAUUUAAUUAUUCUUCAUCAAGAUGGAUGCUGCUGCCGCCGCUGCCAGGACGUCCAAUUAUGAGUGCUUGCUUUUUGAUAUGGAUGACACCCUCUAUCCUAUGAGCUCAGGUCUCAACUUGGCUUGUCGCAAGAACAUACAAGAAUUCAUGUUGCACCAGUUGCAUAUGGAAGAAAGUGCAGUCCCAAGCCUAUGCUUGGAUCUUUACAGGGAGCACGGCACUACAAUGGCCGGUCUAAAGGCGCUUGGGUAUGAAUUCGACGACGAUGAGUUCCACGCUUAUGUUCAUGGGAAAUUACCGUAUGAGCAGGCAUUGAAGCCCGACCCCUUCUUGAGAACUCUUCUUCUUUCCAUGCCCCACCGUAAAAUCAUAUUAACGAAUGCCGACAAAGCACACGCUGCGGAAGUUGUGAAGAGGUUGGGGUUGGAGGAUUGUUUUGAAGCAGUCAUAUGCUUUGAAACUCUUAAUCCUCCUCUCAUCCAGGAUGUUUUAGAAUGUAAUAAUAAUAAAGAUAAGGAUGACAAUGAUGACCACUACAUCUAUGAUGAUGAAGAUAAGAAUAAUGAUUUUACUAACCCCAAUAAGGCGCAUAUUGUGUGCAAACCUUCUUUGGAAGCCUUUGAAGCUGCUAUUCGGAUUGCAAACAUCGACCCCAACAAAACAAUUUUCUUUGACGACAGUGCUCGGAACAUCGCCAGUGCCAAAGCUGCUGGACUGCAUACAGUUAUUGUGGGGAGCCCGGUGGUGGUGCCUGGUGCCGACCACGCCUUGAGUAGCAUCCACAACAUCAAAGAAACAAUGCCUCAAUUGUGGGAGGGUGAGCUGGGAAAGCAGCAGGAGCAACUUAUCCAAUCCACUUCACUUGAUCAAACUAUAGUCCUCGCCUCUCAGUCUCAUAUUAACGGAGGGAUUUCUGUACCGUGUUUAAAAUGACUCAAAUAAAAAGUCCUUGGGGCCUUGCUCCCAUGCUCAAUACAAGGUGGGGUGGAAAUUUACUCCGAGGUAGUCAAUCCAUGGGAAGCUCUCCGCAAUUGACAAUUCUGCAUGGCAUACGAGGAACAUCCAUCCUGCUUGUCUCUUGGGAUUCAAGCUCCUGCACAACAUCCAUUCCUUCAAUGACAUGUCCAAACACAACAUGCCGUUUGUCCAACCAGGGAGUCUACAGAAGGGAAAAAGAAAGCAUUGGCAUGGAUUGCCAUUAAAUAAAGAGAACAACAAGAUGUGUUGGUAUUCAACUGUGGUACAUUAAAUUUGAUGCAUGUUCUAUUGUUCAUGAGCCACAAGCUAGAUAUAUCAGAUGAAAGUACUCCUCUAAUGUCCAAAA